AAUGUCGGCCGCACAACCACACACACUGGAGCCCAAAUUCGAAGUCCUGUCGGUGCUUGAGGGCGAGCUGGAGAACCUGCGGCCGAACGCCAAGGUGUAUGUGCAGAAGACCUCGACACCGAUAUAUUUUUUAGCAGAGCGCAGCGACGUUCUGGACAAGACCAAAAAGCAGCUUGACAAGCUGAAGGGCAAGCGGGGCUCCUCAAACCUGCACAAUUCCUAAUAGACUGGAAGCCUCUCCUGCGCCAUGCUUUGGAGGGAAAAUGCAUCGGCCAGACUGCUGGAAUAUAGUGCCGCUAAGGGAAGGUGCAGGGGCAAUCGAGCUUCCCUGCUGCCAACCUCUCUUUUCUGUUUCCAUCCAGGUCUUCAACAAUUUGUAUAAAUCCUACGUGCUGUUUUCUAGAAUGUUGGCAAGGGCACUCAGCCUACUGUGGAAGAAGCCAGUGGCAUGCGCAAAGGCGUUUGCGACAGUGUCGUCAAUGAUACUCCUGACGACAUUCAAGUACAUUUUCCAAGGACCCCCAGUAGCAUCUUGGACACUGAAAACAAAUCUGAUACGUGACUUCAUCCGCCUUAUCGUUUUAGAUCUGACUAGCGUGGGCAGCUUUGACAGCGGCCAGCGGGUCGCAAAGCUGGAUGGCGGGAUUGCCACCCGGUUUGACAUCCCUUCGGUGCCAUGGCGCGACAAGCACCUCGAUAAUUCCGGCAUUUGGCGCGACAAGCUCGUGGAGAUUGCCGCGGCAUCGAUGGAGAGGCAGAUGAAUGGCGAAUGCGUUAUUGCAGACGAGGCCAUGCUACCCAAUACUGAUGUCCUGCUGCACUUCCAUGGCGGAGCAUACGUCCUGGGUACGAUGGACUCAUAUCGCAAGAUGCAUCUGAUACUAUCCAAAGCUACUGGUCUGCCUGUCUACGGAUUUGCCUACCGCCUGGCACCGGCAUCCCAGUACCCAACACAGCUGUACGAUGCCUUCUGCGCUUUUGAGUAUUUGCGGAGCAUGGGAGUCCGCGAGCAGGACAUUAUCUUCUCAGGCGACAGUGCCGGUGGGAAUCUUGCUCUGAGUCUGUGGCUGCUCCUAAAGCCAAACAUUUCCGGUAUGGUCUUACUUUCGCCGCGCGUCGAUGUCACCAGCAACAGAGACAGCUGGAGGCGAAAUGCAAAGGCCGACUAUCUGGCACCCUACAACGUCUACAACACCUCAAACUGCAUCAGACUGCUGCUCGGUCCUAGCCGACCAGUCGACGCCGAGAUGCUGAGCUGGCUCAGCGACCCGUUUGUCGCUUCUGUUCACGCGGACUUUACGGGAUUACCACCGACGCUAGUGCAGGCCGGUACUGUAGAGGCUAUGUAUGAUGAUAUUAGCGCUCAGACAGGCCAGCUGAGGUUUCAGACCUAUCCCGAUGAAGUCCAUGUGUUCCAGGGGUUCCCCGGAAUGGCCCACACCCAGCAGGCACUGGACGCUAUUUGGGGGUUUGUUCAGUCUCUGCAGGCUCCCUAACUGCCUUCUAGUGUGUUAAUAAAUUGCUCUGGC